GUGUCUAUAAUGGACGGCAAAGACGAAGGUACUGCAGCAUGGAUCACAAUCAACUUCUUAAUAGACAAACUCAACGGUCCAGAUGAGUCUACAGUCGGCGUGCUGGAUUUAGGAGGGGGCUCCAUGCAGAUCACUUUCACCCCACAGGACCCAAACCAGAAAUCCACGCAGACCUCGCCCAUAAUCCCGUUACAGAUGUUCAAUCACCCCCACAGACUCCACUCACGCAGCUACCUGGGCCUUGGCCUGAUGUCAGCCAGGCUGGCGAUCCUGGGAGGAGUGGAAGGCCAGCCUCAGGGCGGUACAGAGAUGGUCAGCCCCUGCCUGGCUCCUGAAAGCUCAGUGCAAUGGAAUCAUGCGGGAGUGGACUACACUGUGAAAGGACAGAAGGCAGUUCCAGGGAAGUCCAUAUACGAGUCCUGCCACGAGAAGGCAGAGCAGGUUCUCUCCUCCAAGAAUGUGGAAACAAUAAAGGAGGCCAAAGGAACAAAGGACUUUUACGCCUUCUCCUACUACUACGACAGAGCGGUGGACAUCGGGGUCAUUGCUGAAAACAAAGAAGGUGCUAUUAAAGUAAAUGACUACAUUGAAGCCGCCAAGGAGGUGUGCAACAGUAUGGCGAAGGCUCCACCCAAACACCCCUUCCUCUGCCUGGACCUGACCUACAUAUCGGUGCUGCUGCAAGGGCUGGGCUUUCCGAAGGACAAAGAGUUAAAGCUGGUGAAGAAGAUAAAGGGCAAGGAUACCAGCUGGGCGCUAGGAGCGACUUUGCUUGACAUGAACUCGCAGUCAACCUAGUGAGCAGAUCCCUGCAAUCACGGGCAAUGAAGACAAGAUGGCCGCCCAUCUUUUUCAAAUAUUUUGCCUUCUUUGUGUAACAUGGUUUCCCUAUGUCGAUUCUCCUGCUGUCUCGACUCUUUACUGUAUGAAUGAAUCAAAUGACAGAAAUUUGUCAUGAAACAAUAAAGCAAGUUGGCUCAUUGCCCCUCCACUAA